AAAAGAAUACAGAAGCUGACAAGGUAUUUGAAUAAUACUGGACGCAAAGAAAGAAGUGAUGCGCUGAACUCUGCGAUUGAUAAAAUGACCAAAAAGACCCGAGACUUGCGUAGACAGCUCCGCAAAGCUGUUAUGGACCAUGUAUCAGACUCUUUUCUGGAAACAAAUGUUCCACUUUUAGUAUUGAUUGAAGCUGCCAAGAAUGGGAACGAAAAAGAAGUGAAAGAAUAUGCCCAGGUUUUCCGUGAACAUGCCAACAAAUUGAUUGAGGUUGCCAACUUGGCCUGUUCCAUCUCGAACAACGAAGAAGGGGUGAAAUUGGUUCGCAUGUCAGCCAGCCAGCUUGAAGCCCUGUGUCCCCAGGUCAUUAAUGCUGCGCUGGCUCUGGCUGCUAAACCCCAAAGCAAACUGGCUCAGGAGAACAUGGAUCUCUUCAAAGAGCAGUGGGAGAAGCAAGUCCGUGUGCUGACGGAUGCUGUCGAUGACAUCACUUCCAUUGAUGACUUCUUGGCUGUGUCAGAGAAUCAUAUUUUAGAAGAUGUAAACAAAUGUGUCAUUGCUCUCCAAGAAAAAGAUGUUGAUGGUUUAGACCGCACAGCUGGAGCAAUUCGAGGACGUGCUGCUAGAGUCAUUCAUGUUGUCACUUCGGAAAUGGAUAACUACGAACCUGGAGUCUACACUGAGAAGGUGUUGGAAGCCACGAAGUUACUGUCCAACACAGUUAUGCCGCGGUUUACUGAGCAAGUAGAAGCUGCUGUGGAAGCCCUGAGUUCGGACCCUGCUCAGCCCAUGGAUGAGAACGAAUUCAUCGAUGCCUCGCGACUGGUGUACGACGGGAUACGAGACAUCAGGAAAGCUGUCCUGAUGAUCCGGACUCCUGAAGAGCUGGAUGAUUCUGACUUUGAGACCGAGGACUUCGAUGUCCGAAGCAGAACAAGUAUUCAGACUGAAGAUGAUCAGCUCAUUGCUGGACAAAGUGCAAGGGCGAUCAUGGCUCAGCUCCCUCAAGAGCAAAAAGCGAAGAUUGCUGAGCAAGUUGCAAGCUUCCAGGAAGAAAAGAGUAAAUUGGAUGCUGAAGUAUCCAAAUGGGAUGACAGUGGCAAUGACAUAAUUGUUCUGGCGAAACAAAUGUGUAUGAUUAUGAUGGAAAUGACAGACUUCACCAGAGGUAAAGGUCCACUGAAAAAUACGUCAGAUGUGAUUAGUGCAGCCAAGAAGAUUGCAGAGGCUGGGUCAAGGAUGGACAAGCUGGGCCGGACUAUUGCUGACCAUUGCCCUGAUUCUGCGUGCAAGCAGGACCUCCUGGCCUACCUGCAGCGCAUCGCACUGUACUGCCACCAGCUGAACAUCUGCAGCAAAGUGAAGGCUGAAGUUCAGAACCUGGGAGGGGAGCUGGUUGUGUCUGGGGUGGACAGUGCCAUGUCCCUUAUCCAAGCAGCCAAGAACCUGAUGAAUGCGGUGGUGCAAACCGUGAAGGCUUCCUACGUGGCAUCCACCAAGUACCAGAAGUCCCAGGGAAUGGCUUCACUCAACCUUCCCGCCGUCUCCUGGAAGAUGAAGGCUCCGGAGAAGAAACCUCUGGUCAAGAGGGAGAAACAGGACGAAACCCAAACUAAAAUCAAGAGAGCAUCGCAGAAGAAACACGUGAACCCGGUGCAGGCCCUCAGUGAAUUCAAGGCGAUGGAGAGUAUUUAAAGAGAGGUCUUUGUGUCUCGGUUCUUUCUUUCUCUAGCCCACUACUGCUCCUUCCAGAACUCUACUUCUAAUAUUCUAAGGAUUUUUCAGAAGUUUACCCUUCCUCAAAUUGUAUUUACUUAAUAUAAUUUUGAUAACUUUGUUUAGAUUCCGUGGGGGAACAACUUGGAUUUCUAAGUCCUAUCGAUCAGUGUAGCUUCAGCCUGUGGGAGUGUGUUCCUUUAGAUGGCUUUUAGAUUUCAGGGGUGUAUUUCUAGCUGAAAAUCGUUUUGUAUAAUCUUGCUUUAAAUAAAACAUUCUAUAACCAAAGAGGGUUUUACAGUAACACUAACGGUUAACACUAACAGUUGACUCAUG